UACGACGCACGGAAAGUGUAAACAAAAGCUUUUUCAGGAGUCAGUAGGUAGUCAAUACGUGCGAUGCUAGUAUGAGUGGCGGAGCAGAAACGAAAGAUGGUGAAUGCAGAAAUCACUAGGUCGCUAGCCACAUGCAAGUCCUUAAACUGGCAAUUGCAUGGCUGGAUCUACUCCAAGUGAAAAUGACUGACAGUGCUGGAAUGCACAGUUGCACACUGGCCUAGUAGCUCCUGUGUUGAAAUUCUAAAUACCUAUCAUGCACUGCUUUGGAACCUUAUGGUGUGAAGGUAAGGUACGAUGUACCCUACCUUCAAAACAGUUUUAACUGGUUCAACUGGAUUGUAAAUUUCAACUGCAAACAUGGCUCUACUGUGGAAAGUUGUCAUCUGUCAAGUUCUCUUCAUGUGCUUGGUUGCAGCUGAUGUACAAAAGAAGAAGAGAAUCAAGGAAUACUCCCACUCUGUUCAGUUCAAUGAAGAAAUACAAUCUGACUCGCGUUUGGGAAUUAAAAGUUCACAAGAAGACAAACAAAUGAAGUGGGGAUUGGAUGAAUACAAUGAAAAAUAUGUAGACUUCUCUCUGAGGAACGCCAGAUCAAUUUCUGUUAAAGCUGAUGACAGCGCUUCUCUUUCUCCUGAUGAAGUCAUCUCAAAUAAAUACAACACUUUUAAUGAAAAUUCAAGUGUUGUAAAUGCUGAUGGGAUCUGGCAAACUCAUCAAAAGCCUAUACCUGUGAUGGCUAUUGCUGAGCAUCUGGGCAAAGUUAUUGAGCAGAUUGCUGAAAAAGACCUGGGAGUCACGCGCUUGAAGGCUAAGUUCCAGGCUCGAAAUUUAGGCAACAAAUCUGGUGAUCAGAAUGCUACCCAGCACUUGAAUUUGCUUCAUGAGGCUCUGCAGUCACGAGUGGACAAAUAUGCAAGGCUUGUUUUGCGUAUGGUGGACGCAGCACUCAAUAAGUCUCGGCCGAACCCCUACACUCGUACCACGUACAACCCUUGUUGCCUCCUACCUCAUCAUAUUCUCAUGUAUGAUGAGAAGUUUGGAUGCAAUGUGAAUAGUGAGGUGUGGUGUGAUGCUGGCUUUGGUGAUGGCAGCGAUCCUACUCUUGUAGGCUUCUUCUCACCGCCUUCUGCAACGCUCACACGUAUGUUCCUCUCAAACGCUGCCGAAUUUCCUGAACUCAAUUGGCAGUAUUUCAUGUCCAGCUCAGGGCUGCUCACUGAAUAUCCUGCUCAUCGCCCAGCUUCAUCAUCUGUGGACGCUCUGCACCCGGACGGCGCAUCCAGUGAUUGUCAGAAUCGAGGCCGUCACCUAAGAGUGUAUGAGACCACCGUGCGGCCGCAGCCUAAGAACAUUUUACUUCUCCUCGACGUUGGUUGGUCAACAAUGCCACGCAGCCUGACAUCUUUUGUUGACGCAGCUCGUUUGAUCCUCUCAUCGCUCACGCCAAAGGACCACGUGGGAGUUCUGAGUAUCAGUGAUGUGCCGCGGUCUCCUGACGGUCGUCCAUGUCCUGACCUCCUGCAACCUGCUUCCUCGCAGCGCAUUGCCUCCAUCUUGAGAUUCCUGGAUAAACUUAACCUGGAUAAAUCCUCGCCAACGAACCACACGGCAGGUUUGGCGCGUGCGUUUGAGGCGGUGGCGCGGACGGCGGGCGACGCGCCGGUGGUGGUCGCCUACUUCACCAGCGGCGCCGUGGACGAUCGCGUCACCGCCGCCGCCACCCACCGUGCCCUCGCGCCCAUUGCUGGCCCUCUGUACCCUCGCCUCAGACUGGCCGUGCUUGCUGCUGACUUGCGCCACCUGAGAAGUCGGGAGUAUCGCGGACGACAGCAGCUGCUGCGAUGUCUGGUCGCCAUCGCCGACACGGGGCGACCGCAGCGCCCCCCCGCCCCCUCUGCCGCCGAGUGCCCCCUCUCCCUCCACCACCCCCGCACGCCGCUCGGUAAAACAGGCGUGGAGUCACACAGCCUGAACACGUCGGUUGUGUCACCGGCUGUGCUGCGUCUAUUCGACUUGCUGUACCCGGAGACUGUGCCGGGUCUAGCCGAGCAGCUGCACGCGCGCACCGCAACACAACCGCCCGCGACCGCGGCGCCGGGCCGAGUGAGCUUCGUGGCGGCGCCCCCGCCCCUCGACUACUCCACCGCCGUGCGGUUGUCCACCCCGCACUGGGACGCCCACGGGCAAGGAGUUGUGGUGUCAGUGAGUGGUGCAGUGCCGUGUGGUGUUGGUGAUGCCGCGUGUGGUGUGGUGGGGGUGGACGUCUCGUUGUCUGUGCUGCUGCAUGACAUCUUACAUCACUACACUCCGCUGGCUGGCAUCACUUCGGUGGUCUUGCAUCGAUCAGGCGAGGUGCUGUACCACCCCGUGUUCGGGGACACGGGCAGCUGGGGAUCCCCCGUGACACAUGAUGCGGGUAGUUGGGACUCGCCCGUGACCCGGGACGCGGGCAGCUGGGGCACCCCCGUGACUCGUACUGCUUUGCAGGAGCUGGAGCCCGUGAUUACUGAUGCCUUGCAGCGGCGCAUCGUCGCCCAGCCUACGGGGCACCAGACCGGCCCUCCAGACCAUACCGGG